AUGGCCGCCGCCAAUUCCCGCACCGCCAAGGACAUCAUCGCCGCCCUCAACCUGACCCCCCACCCUGAAAAGGGCUACUUUGUUGAAACCUACCGCGACACCGCCGCCGUGGCCCCCCAUACAGCCACCUCAGCGGAUGACGCCCCCGGCAAGGCGCCUCGCGCCGCCAGCACCUACAUUUACUAUCUUCUCGAGGGCGCCGAGGGCAUCUCCCACUGGCACCGCGUUCUCGACGCCGUCGAGGUCUGGCACUACUACGCCGGCGCCCCGCUCCGCCUCUCGCUCUCCUGGGACGACGGCGCCCCCGUCCGAGACGCCGUUCUCGGCGCGGACAUUUUGGCCGGCCAGCGACCCCAGGUCAUUGUCGAGCGUGGCGAGUGGCAGCAUGCGCAGAGCCUCGGCGACUGGACCCUCGUCGGCUGCUCUGUCGCUCCUGGCUUCGAGUUUGAGGGCUUUGAGAUGGCAAAGCGGGGCUGGGAGCCCCGCGGCGAGAGCAAGUAA